CAGCGUUCGCUGGGUGGCUUCAUCCUGGAGGGCAGUCAAUGCAGUGUGGCAGUCAUAUUCAGCCUUGGCACAACAUUUCCAGAAAGCAUCAGAGGACAACAGCAGAGACAGCAGAGAGAGAGCCAAAACAGAAAAACUACUAUUCCAAAGGCCCAUGAGCCCAUGACCAACUACCUGAAGCGCAUUGAGAGCCUGAAAACCUACCCAGGAAAACACACUGUUGAAGCAGAGCAGGCCGAGCAGAAGAUGGAAUUUAAUGGACAUCAGUUAAAGGUGGGCAGGUCUCCCACCAUUGACUCUGCUCUCUUCAUAACUGCAGUGGUGGAGAGCAUGAAGGAAAGACUGUUUACAACAACAGCCAACAAAGCACAAAGUAGCGUGACAGCUGACCGCAAGGAGGCUUACAACAGCCUUAUCAAUCAGAUGGCAGUCCUUCACCCAGAAAACUGGGAUCAAGACAAUCCUCGAUUUGGAGAAGAGGAAGUCAGAACUUUGUGUGAACGUCUCAACAUCAAUGAGCAAGAGGCCCAUCUUGGGUACGUUGAGUUCAAGGCUAGUGGAGGGAGAAGUAUCCCUCCUCCAUUAAAAAAAUUACUUCUGGCAGUAGACACACUCUCAGCCAGUAAUGCAGAUUGUGAAAGAGGGUUUAGUACCAUGAAUAACAUAAUGACUGACCUCAGAGGCACCAUGACGACAAAAAAUGUCUCAAACCUCCUGUUCAUCAGCUCAUUUGGACCUCCCUUUAUGAAGUGGGAUCCAAUGCCAUACGUCAAAACCUGGCUAGGAAAAGGCAGGAGACCAGCGCACACAACAAGUGGCAUGGCCCGCAGAUCCCCUAAAACUGAUGAGGAAUAUUACCAGCCUCUUUGGGACAUUAUGACUUAGUUCAACUAAUUAAGGAUGACUCAAGUUCUGAUCAAUUCGGAUGUUCACAUUUUUCAUGUUCUGAAAAAUUCACAAUGUUCAAUUAAAGAUUGUUUUCACAAAAACACCUUGUCUACACACGUUAUUUAUGUAUAAAAUUUGAUAUCAAGUGCAUUUAUUUCCUUUAACUGCUUUAAAAAAUAUAUAUUUGGAAAUAAUUUGUCAUAGUACCGGCAAAAGAAAAAUUCUACUUU